ACAAUAAUCAGCAUUUUGCACGUUUCCAUUGCACUGUCUUGUGUUGUUUAUUUUUGAAAUUUUUUGCACAUUGCACUUUAUGUAGUCCCGAGUUUGUCCGUUAUAUGUCAUAUGUAGCACCAGGGUCUUGGAGGAACGCUGUCUCAUUUCACUCUGUACUGUACCAGUGUACAUGGUUGAAAUGACAAUAAAAGCCACUUGGCCUGACUUGAUCUGUAUUUUGUUGGGGUUGCUUGGAGACGAGUGCCAUACAGUUCCAAUGAGCAUACAUUCCAAAAUAUGCAAAUUAGCCCCAUACCUUAUGAUGACAUAUGUUCAGGGUAUGAACAUUCUAUGCUGAAAGCUUAUAAAUAUACAACCUUUCACAGUUUGUCUUCAGUUGAACUUUUGCACAGCACAGAAGAUUUUCACUGCGAUCAAAUUAGGUUCAAAGAUGGUUCAAAUUGGGUUCAAACAUUUUUUUCUCAGAAAGAAAUCAAAAAACCAAAACGUGGCAGAGAAGGAAAUUCCUUCUACGUCUCAGCACAGCGUCCCGGAGGCUUCUGUUGCUGCUACACCACCUAACCAUGAAAAUGGUAAAAAGAAGAGGAAGAAAAGAAAAUGGAGACACUUCUUCUGCUGUUUCUCGGAAACUGACAGCGAUACAGAGGCAGAGCCCACCACUGUAAAGCCACAAAAAAAGUCUCACUGGUCUAUUUUCAAAUUCUGGAAGAGAAAAAGGCAGGUUGCUCCUGAAACAACAGUGGAACCUGAUAAAAAGAGUGACAAAUUAAAGAACAUGCAGCAUGACUGUACACCUGCCGAGUCAGCACCGUACAGUUCAGAGGACUCAGUACAGGUCAUUUGGCCCCAAGCAGGACAACCAGAAUGCCCCGAGGACAAAACUACAGACGAUCCCAGUUCCCACCAGGUUAAAAACACCACUGAAAUGGUGAGCCAUCAGACCUGAGUUGGGACACUUUGAUUAUGGACUUUCUGGCACAAGAGCACGUACGGGAGCAGCUGUUUAACAUUCUAGUGAAACAUUUCAACAAUGGAAAAAUAACGGAAAUCAAAUUCAGACUGUGGACCGCUUCGGGUUUCCAAACAUUGCAAACACCUGCUACAUGAACUCCUGCCUGCAGAGCCUCCUCAACACUGAGGAGUUCAUUAGAGACAUCAGCUGUCAGGAGAGUUUGUGGAGAGCAGUGCCAGAAGCUCGGCUCUUAAGAAGGCUCAUUGACAUCAGGGACUGUCAUAAUUCAAGAGAUUAUGGCCUUAAAAAACACCGCCUAAAAUCUUUUAAGGAGGCAUUCAGCAAACACGUUCCUGAAUACAAAGGCAGUGCACAGAAAGAUGCUCAUGAGUUCCUAACCUUUUUCCUCAAUGAGGUCAAAAGCCUUUCACCUCACCUGAAGAGGAAAGCAGCUCUCCUGGGCCGAAGUUAUACCUGCCCAGUAGAAGAUCAUCAUGUUUUCAAAAUGGAAAACAUGAGGACAUGCAAGAGCUGCGGUCACCAAUCAUCACACCAAGAGGAAUUCACUAGCUUGUCUCUUGACCUGGUUCCAGAGGGGUCUGUUGAGGACAUGUUAGAGACAUACUUGAAGGAACAAAAAAUUGAAUUUCUCUGUUAUUGUGGAGGGACGACCUCGGAAGUGAAGCCGUCUUUUGAUACACUGCCAAGAGUUCUCAUCUUGCACCUGAAGAGGUUUGGCUUCACAAAAACCAACAAGCUUCAGAAGGUGCAUGACCCCGUCUGGCUGCAGAGGGACUUGGUGGUGUCAUCCAAACAGGGUGGUGGCUGUUACAGUCUUGUAAGCAUCAUUAGUCACUAUGGAGGCACAGAAUCAGGACACUACAUCUGUAAUUCCGUGCAUCCUGAGGCGAGUCCGCAGGCUACAUCAGAUCCUUGGCUCACCUAUGAUGAUGCACGGGUGCUCCACACAACUGGAUCUGCAGUUUUUGAGGAACAGCAGCACUCUGCCUACAUCCUGUUUUACAAGAGAAACGAUGUGGAAGCAAGUUACAGCCAUCAGCAUGCUGAGAAGGAACAACCGUCGUCUCAGACCGCAGGUAAGUAUUGCCCUUAGGAGGAAGGGUCCACCCAGAGAGCCUGGUUCCUCCCAAGAUUUCUUCCUCCAGGAGGGAGUUUUUUCUUGCCACCGUCGCCCUACAUUCACUGGUCUCAUCAGCAGAGACAUUGUUAACCUUCUAAGACCUGGACUCUUUCAUGGCAUGCACUUUUAAUUUCUCUGUGCCAUUUUGGGUUGAUUGGGACCUGAUGAAUGUAAAAACAAAGAAUUACCUGAUUUUUAUUUCGGUGAAAAAUGAGAUCCACAUAUGAGGACAUUUGUUUUACAUUUUGAUGGAACAGUGGCAGUAUGAUGUCCUCAUAAGUGGAUAUCAGCCCUUUGUAUAACAACAUUUUAUAUUUUGGUCUAGACAACCCAAAAUGUAAUGUCCACAUAUAUGGACUCCAGGUCCUAGGAGGUUAAAACAAAGUCUACUAGAGAUAGUCCUUUUCACGACCAGUGUUUGGCUUGCUCUCUGGGAACAACAAAAAAUUAAACAAAUAAAUUAAAAAUAAAAUAAAGAAAUGAUUUAUUUAUUUAUUUUAUUUUAUUAAAAUUCAAAUAACAACAAAAAUAAAAA